UCCUUUUCCGGUCAUCCAGCGAAUAGAUGGCCGUGUUAUAUUUUUGUGGUUGAGAAAUCCACAAUAAUCCUGCAAAUUUAUCAAUAAUAUUCAACAUGUCUCAAGAGCAGAUGACACUAAGGGGUACCCUCCAAGGCCAUGGAGGUUGGGUUACCCAAAUUGCUACGAAUCCACAGUACCCAGACACGAUUUUGUCGGCAUCUCGAGAUAAAAAUUUGAUUUUAUGGAAACUGACUCGUGAUGAAACCAACUAUGGUAUCCCAUUCAAAUCGCUGCAUGGACAUGGACAUUUUGUCAGUGAUGUCGUCCUGUCCUCAGACGGUCAGUUUGCUUUGUCUUCUUCCUGGGACAAAACUCUGAGACUUUGGGAUUUGGUCGAAGGCAAAACGACAAAGCGAUUUGUUGGUCAUGAGAAGGAUGUUAUGAGUGUGGCAUUCUCUGCGGACAAUCGGCAGAUUGUAUCCGCUUCUCGGGACAAGACCGUCAAGCUCUGGAACACCUUGGGAGUGUGCAAGUACACCAUCCAGGAGGACAGCCAUAAGGACUGGGUCUCGUGUGUGCGUUUCUCACCCAACUCGUCCAACCCCAUCAUUGUGUCGGCUGGAUGGGACAAAGUUGUGAAGGUGUGGAACUUGACCAACUGCAAGCUGAAGACUAACCACUACGGCCACACCCAGUUCCUCAACUGUGUGACCGUCUCCCCUGACGGGUCUCUGUGUGCCUCUGGAGGAAAGGAUGGGCAAGCAAUGCUGUGGGAUUUGAAUGAAGGCAAGCACCUGUACACCUUGGAUGGAGGCGACCACAUCAACGCGAUGACGUUCAGUCCUAACAGAUACUGGCUGUGUGCUGCUACCGGACCUAGCAUCAAGAUCUGGGAUUUGGAAGGCAAGAUUAUCGUGGAUGAGCUUAAACCUGAUGUGUUGACCACGGCUGGUAGUGGCCGGGAACCACCGCAGUGUCUCUCUCUUGCAUGGUCCGCAGACGGUCAGACUCUGUUUGCUGGAUACAGUGACAACCUUGUUAGAGUCUGGCAGGUGUCGAUGGCUGCAAAAUAGACUAAAAGAGACAGACAGACAUACGAUAAAAAAAAUAACAAACCUGAAGCCAUGGACAUGUGUUAAAACGUGAAUCCAUUGUUCUCCAAAAUAAUAAAUUUUGGAAUGGGA